AUGGGCUCGCUCGAUUCUCCCAAAGAUGAGCUGACCGUGCUGGUCACCGGCUUUGGUCCCUUCAAAGAGCAGUAUCCCGUGAAUCCCGCGUGGGAGAUAACUGCCUCGCUGCCGGAUUACCUCCCGCCUGACAGGGUUAAGGAUCCCGUGCGGCAAGGUCCGUCUGCCCUGCCGGCGGUUCGGAUCCUAAAGCACGGUCCGGUCCGCGUCAACUACCAAGUUGUUCGGGACUUGGUGCCGACGCUAUGGGAUGAUCCGGAGCAGAAAGUUGAUUAUGUCAUUCAUAUAGGGAUGGCAGGUCCGCAGCAUGUUUAUUCUAUUGAGAGACGGGGUCAUCGCGAUGGGUACGACAAGCAGGAUGUUGAUGGUCAACUUCUUGGUGAUGAGCAGAGACGUAAGCUUGAAGGGGAUAAAUGGAUAUGGCAUGACGUUCCCGGAGAGCUUUUAACGGACCUGGAGAUCGGAAAGAUCUACAAGCGAUGGGUUGAGCGCAGCCCGGAUAACCUCAGACUGCAAAUGUCCGACGACGCUGGGCACUACCUAUGCGACUUCAUCUACUUCUCGAGCCUAGCUCACUUGUAUAAGCAACAGCGGCCUAAGAAAGUAAUCUUCUUACACGUCCCCUUGCACCCUGACCCUGAAUCUCUCAGCCGCGGAAAGGAGCUUGCUUUGCAAUUAAUUAAGUCGGUAUGCGAGGUUGGCCUGCAGCAGGAGCAUGUAUCUUAA